AGAAGCGGAAGAGUUUCAGGGGCGUCGGGGGAUUUGUUUGAGUUGCAUUGAUUUUUGGUUGUUGUUUCACUUGGGAGCUGGAGGAUGAGCUAUCAUGGAGGAGAUUCGUUCGCGCAGUCUUGUGUUUCAGCACAAGGUUGUGGAAGAGAUGAUCUGUAUAUGGAGCUAUGGAGGGCUUGUGCUGGUCCACUGGUUGAUGUACCUCGCGUAGAUGAGAGAGUCUUCUAUUUCCCUCAAGGGCAUAUGGAACAAUUAGAGGCGUCAACAAAUCUGGAGCUAAAUAAGAGAAUUCCUGUAUUCAAUCUUUCCUCAAAGAUUCUCUGUCGCGUAAUUCAUAUUGAGUCGCUGGCAGACCGUGAAACGGAUGAGGUUUAUGCACAAAUAACGUUAAUGCCUGAAUCAAAUCAAAGUGAGCCUAAUAGUCUAGAUCCAUGUCCUCCUGAACCAGCUAGACCAGUUGUUCAUUCAUUCUGUAAGGUUUUAACUGCUUCUGAUACCAGCACUCAUGGUGGGUUUUCCGUUCUCCGAAAACAUGCCACUGAGUGCCUACCUCCGUUGGACAUGACUCAGGCUACCCCGACUCAGGAUCUGAUAGCCAAGGAUCUUCAUGGUUUUGAAUGGCGAUUCAAGCAUAUUUUCAGAGGUCAGCCACGAAGGCACCUGCUAACAACUGGUUGGAGUACAUUUGUCACUUCUAAGAGAUUAUCUGCUGGGGAUUCCUUUGUAUUCUUGAGGGGAGACAACGGAGAGCUUCGAGUUGGGGUGAGGCGUCGUGCUCGGCAGCUAACUAGCAUGCCAUCAUCUGUGAUAUCGAGUCAAAGCAUGCACCUAGGAGUGCUCGCAACUGCAUCUCAUGCUGUUACAACUCAAACCCGCUUUGUAGUCUAUUAUAAACCAAGGACUUGUCAGUUCAUCAUAAGUCUGAAUAAAUACUUGGAAGCAGUCAAUAAUAAAUUUUCUGUUGGCAUGAGAUUCAACAUGAGUUUUGAGGGAGAGGAUUCUCCGGAGAGAAGGUUUUCGGGAACUAUAAUUGGUGCUGAAGAUAUUUCACCUCAUUGGCAUAAUUCAAGCUGGAGAUCACUAAGAGUUCAAUGGGACGAACAAACAACUAUUCCAAGACCUGACAGGGUGUCGCCUUGGGAUAUAGAACCACUCACGUCUUCAGCAGCCACAAAUCUAACUCAACCAGUUGCGAAAAACAAAAGGCCUCGACAACCAACUGAAACUGCUCUUGAUGGUGCUGAUUUUACUAAACCAGCACUUUGGGAUUCUGGAUUGGCACAGCCUCAUGAUGGUAAACAGUGCAGUAAUGCAGCUGAAAGCAGAAAAGGUGAAAAUAAUGAAUUGUGUCAACAUAGAGAGACGGAUACUAUCAGCAUCAGCACAUGUGUAUCAAGAACACAGACCGAUGGGGCCUGGCUAUCUUCUACCCAAUCCAAUAGUCAUAAACACCCAGUAAAUGACAUGGCGCUAGAUUAUAAAACUGUCUCUGGUUGCGGUUGGUCUUUUCUAUCAGGACCUACACCACCUUCAAACUCUUUGGUGAAGUUAAGCGAUGAUCAAAUACUUGAUCCCACUGAAAAUGGGAGGAAAGGUGAGACAGUGGCCAGUUGUAGAUUGUUUGGUAUUGAUCUCAAUCAUUUGGCUAGACUUCCUGCGGAGAAGGCAUCUUCUCAACUAAGCAGUGUGUCUAGUGAGACAGAAGGACGCAUCAGUACGUUGUCAGUGGCUCAUUCUGAUAAAAAAUCUGACAUUUUGGAGGUCUCCAUAGAAAGAACAUCAGAACCAUUACAAGCAUCUCUGAAGGAGUCUCAAAGCAAUCAGAGUAGCUCAACUAACACUAGAAGCCGCACCAAGGUUCACAUGCAUGGAAUGGCCGUGGGUAGGGCAGUGGACUUAACCAUCUUAGAAGGCUAUGACCAACUAAUAGAUGAACUUGAGAAGAUGUUUGAUGUUAGGGGACAGCUGUGUGCUCGAGAUAAGUGGGAGAUUGUAUAUACUGAUGAUGAAGGGGAUAUAAUGCUUGUUGGAGAUGACCCAUGGGAAGAAUUUUGUAACAUGGUGAGAAGAAUUUUUAUAUGCUCUAGGGAGCAAGUGAAAAAGAUGAGCUCAAGAAGCAAGCAGCUGCCUUCAGAAGUUGAAGAGGCUUAAUCAUCUCUGACUCCUUUGCAAUUUGAGAUAGGAACUUAAAUUUUGUUAUUUGAACUCUACUUCGUAUCUUUUCCUUGGUUGUUUGUUUGGUUAGAGCUUGUUUUGGUUUUGGGUCAAUAAUAAAAGUAUUAAAUUGAAAGAGGGGCAAAUGAAGGGCUGUUUAUGUGACUGCUUAUUUUUUAUAGCCAAUUCGUCAACUGGAUUUUAAUAACAUGAAAAUCUUAGUAGGCGCCAAAGGAGGGCGACUGGAUGUUCAGUGUAAUAAUGCACUAUCAGUGGGAUUUGUUCUUUGGGUA